UUUCUUCUCCUCAGACGUGCUACAGGUGUAAAACUAGAAGAAGAUGCAUCAAGAAGUUCACGAUACAGAAGUUCCCCAAGAUCUUAGUGCUACACCUGAAACGCUUCUCUGAGGCACGAAGAACCAGCAAACUCUCCACCUUUGUGAACUUCCCCAUGAAGGAUCUUGACCUGCGGGAGUUCGCCUCCCAAAACAGCAUGGACGCCGUGUACAACCUGUAUGCAGUGUCCAACCACUCAGGCACCACGAUGGGAGGUCACUACACAGCCUACUGUCGCAACCCCAGCUCGGGAGAAUGGUACACGUUCAACGACUCCAGAGUAACGCCAAUGUCCUCCAGCCAAGUGCGCAGCAGCGACGCCUACGUCUUGUUCUACGAGCUGGCUUCUUCCUCGCGGUUGUGAAGCCUCCCGGAGGACCGCCGCACCGCUCUGACUGACGGACAGAUGGAGAUAAAACUAAAAUAUAAGAGUGCUGGUGGAGCCUGGACUUGUUUUUUGGACAUAUAUCACAUAAACACACAUAUAAGCACACACACACACACACACACAGACACCUCCACCAGCCUGGAGGCUGCUUCUCUCCAUCAGAGAGAAACCGAAUGUUCUCUUUCUCUCCAUCUUUACUCUUCUGUCCUUCUCAUUCUGGGUGGAGGUGUGUGUGUGCGCGUGUGUGUGUGUGAGUGUGUGUGUGUGUGUGUGAGGCUGUUACGGGGCAAUAAUCCCAUCUGUCCUUCUCUAUGCACUGCAAACACACCUCUUAUCUUUCUUCUUCUUCUUCAACUCUUCUCAUUUGCCUCAAACCAUUAAAAAACUCACUUGUUGCAAUUCUGAAUUUUUUUUUUCUGGUUAUAAUUUAUAUUGUUUUUAUGUUUGUUUUUUCGGGGCAUCAUCAUCCUCAUCAUCAUCAUCAGCACCACUUUGGACUGUGGAUGAAUUGUAACAGGACUAUCGUGGUUACGAGGAGCUCUUCAGCCCACCGGCCUGCUCGCCGUCCAAACAACACUCCCUCUUCUUCUUCUUCUUCUUCUUCUUCUCUCUGUCUUUCUCCGGCGGCGGGUAUAGGAGGCUGGUGGCACUGUGAGCGUUACAUGUUUUCAGAGGACGACCCCUCUCAAACUCGUGUUUUUAUUGAAGUUGUUGUUUUCUCCCACGUGUGGCUGCUACUGAUGUUUUUAAAGUGCUGUGAACGGACUGAGGAUCAACAGCGACGAUAAUGAUUUCGGUCCUCGCGAGGUCUUUUCUUCCUCUCUUGUUUCAGGCCAUUGAACAACACGGAAAAUAAUGUUUUAAAGAAGAAAAAAACACUAUAUCUGUAUAUUUUUAUAUCCUGAUGCAAUAUAGAGAAUGUACUAUUCAAUGAUGCUGAACAUGACCCACAACUUUCAAGAGAGAAAACAAAGUUAUUAUUUAUGCUUACAGGUGAUAAUGUGAUGAGUCACACUUUUUAACAGUGGCAGUCAAACACAUGAGUAUAUGAUAUAUGACUGUAUAUAUAUAUAUAUAUAUAUAUAUAUAUAUACACACAUAUACAUACACAUAUAUGAAUGAAAUAAAGUUAACAAAACUGGUUUUACUUGGUGAUUGUCUUUUUAAUGAAUCGGCAGGUUUUGUUCAGAUAUGGUGACUUUAACACAUGAGGACAGAAAAGAAAGAAAAAGUUUGAAAUAUUAAAGCAAAAUCUGAGUUUUACAUAAGAGGUCCGAACUACAGAGGUGACGGACGCCAGGUCCAAACUACUGAGGUGACGGACGCCAGGUUUCAACAGGUUUGUUCUGUUCUUGUUUGUACUUUAGAAAUAAAAGUACUUUCAUCUUGUCUGGUUUUCCAUUUCUGCCUCAGCCUUUGAGCCAGAGAGGAAGCUGACAGACUCUACUGACCUGCUACACUAUGACUCUUUCAUGACCAUAUUUACUGCCUUUUCCACGUCACCUUUUACAAUGUUGAAAAGCAUUACUCGCCAUUUAAAAGAUAUAUUUUUUGAUAAAUCACAACCUUGCCUCGUGCAUGCGUUAUUAAAAUCAUACACAUUAAAUACUUUAUGAAUGAGAACAAAGAAACACUUCUGAGGGGAGUUAGCAGACUUGUUUAUUUCCAUUCAUUAGUGAAACAAACGAGCCUUUCACGUUUGAUUCAGUGGUCUGCAGUCAUCAGACCGACACGAGCUCUCCGGCUCCCUCGUGUGGUGAGAAGGUGAACUGAAGGUUUAAAUGUUGAAUAAAAAAUUAUGAAAGAAACUGCAAAUGUGUUUUGUGACCCAGUAGGGGGUCCCGACCCACGCUUUGGAAAUUACUGCACCAUACUAUGACUUUGAUUUAUUUAUUUUAAUAACUAUACGAUGACUUUUAAUGAUAAACUAUUGUUCUGGUCCUUCUCUAAGACC